AUGUGUGCGUGUGGCGGGUUCGCUUCUUGGUGCAGCAGAAAGGAGCACGGCAUCGUAAUGCGACUCCACCCCGCUCAGAAGUUAAUACGAGAAGAGGACAAGAGAUCAAUUCUGUUUGCACAGGACAGCCAGGCUCUCCCUGACAUCAGGCUCAGCCCCAGCCCUUGUCGGCUGCCCCUUGCCAGACGCAUCCUGGGCACAGUCAGCAGGGCCAGGGGCCAUCAGGAGCGGCAGCUCUUCCUGCGGGAGGUGUGUCUGCAGGUUUCACAGCCGCAGGAGUUGCCAGUGGAGCAGGAGCAGUUGGAGUCCAUUCAGAGGAGAGGCGAGAGCAAGGACAAGCUGGACCCCUCACGCCUUGUCACCUCUGACCUCAGAGACACAGGUGGUCUGCAGAAGGAGCUGCUGCUCUUCACCACACAUGCGGACCCACACACACACCUGGCCCAGGAUUCCGAGCAGCUGAAGGAGGUGACCCAGGAGAAGCUGGAGGAACUAUGGGUUCGGCUGCUGCCUUGUACUACCAAGAUGUGCCAACAGAUCAGUGACAACACGCCUGAAACCCAAGGGUGA